UUCCUGUCCUCCUUUGAAAGGCGCCGUGCUUCAGAGGUGGUGGGAAGACAGCACAAUAGGCGAGGGCUCGGUUUACGCGGACGUCCUGGGCUUUUUAUACUACCACCCACCUGAGGGUCUUCCGCUUCCUCUUUCCCCAGGCUCCGUCCCCAGCGUCCUGUAGCCAUGACGACCGCGCGGCGCGAUUCUGUGGUUUGGAAGCUCGCAGGACUGCUGCGGGAGUCUGGUGACGUUGUCCUGUCUGGCUGUAGCACACUGAGCCUGCUGACUGCCACGCUGCAGCAGCUGAACCAUGUAUUUGAGCUGCACCUGGGACCAUGGGGCCCUGGCCAGACAGGCUUUGUGGCUUUGCCCUCUCACCCUGCUGACUCCCCUGUCAUCCUCCAGCUUCAGUUCCUCUUCGAUGUUCUGCAGAAAACACUUUCCCUCAAGCUGGUCCAUGUCCCUUGUCCCAGCCUCCCAGGGCCCAUCAAGAUUUUUCCUUUCAAGUCCCUUCGGCAGCUGGAGCUCCAGGGUGUUCCUGUCCACUGCCUCCAUGGCCUGUGUGGCAUCUACUCCCAGCUGGAGACCCUGAUUUGCAGCAGGAGCAUCCAGGCCUUAGAGGAGCUGCUCUCAGCCUGUGGUGGCGAUCAGUGCUCCGCCCUGCCUUGGCUGGCUCUGCUUUCUGCUGACUUCAGCUACAACUCACUGACCGCCUUAGACAGCUCCCUGCAUCUUUUGUCAGCUCUGCGCUUCUUGAACCUGAGCCACAAUCAAGUCCAGGAUUGCAAGGGCUUCCUGAUGGAUUUGUCUGAGCUCUGCCAUCUGGACAUGUCCUAUAACCACCUGCAUGUGGUGCCAAGAAUGGGACCCUCGGGGGCUGUUCUGGGGACCCUGAUACUUCGAAGCAAUGAGCUCCGGAACCUGCAUGGCCUGGGGCAGCUGCGGAACCUGCGGCACCUGGAUGUGGCAUACAACCUGCUGGAAGGACACAGGGAGCUGUCACCACUGCGGUUGCUGACUGAGCUCCGCAAGCUCUACCUGGAGGGGAACCCCCUGUGGUUCCACCCUGCACACCGAGUGACCGUCGCCCAGUACUUGUCACCCCGGGCCAGGGAUUCUUCUGCCGGUUUCCUUCUUGAUGGGAAGAUCCUGUCACUGACUGACUUUCAGACCUCUACAUCCUCAGGGCUUAGCUCCACGGCCUCACCUCUGCCCUGGCUGGUUGGAAGUACCGUAGAAACCUCAGGUGGCCCCGACUUGAGUGACAGCCCCUCUUCGGGAGGCAUUGUGGCCCAGCCCCCACUUUGUAAGGUUAAGAGCCGAGUUCGUGUGAGGCGGGCAAGUAUCUCAGAACCCAGUGAUACGGACGCAGAGCCCCGGACUCCGGACCCCUCGCCGGCUGGACAGUUUGUACAGCAGCACCGGGAACUUGAACUCAUGAACAGCUUCCGGGAACGGUUUGGUUGUGACUGGCUGCAGUACAGGAGUCACCUGGAGACCUCUGGGAUCCCUGCUCUGGCUCCCUCCAAGGCCCCUGCUCUCAACACACUGCCCCCAGAUGCCCUGAGUCCAGAGGCCACACCUGACCCUCUGCCUGCAGAGAAGGAGGCCCUGCCGGAAAUGGCAGAGGAGGUCAGGGUGCCGCUGGAGCCACAGGAGGAAGAGGAGAUGGAGGAGCAGGGAAAAGAGGAGGAAGAGCAGGAGCAGAAUGAAGUGGAAGUGGAGCUCUGCCGCCCCAUAUUGGUGUGUCCACUGGACGGGCCAGAGGGCAUGCAGGGCAGGGAGCGCUUUCUUCGGGUCACUUCCAGCCGCCUCUUUGAGGUGGAACUCCAAGCAGCUCGAACCCUGGCACGGUUCGAGCUCCAGAGUCUGCAGGCAGCUGAGGUAGAGCCUGAGACCCAGACCCAAAGACAACCAGUGGCCGAGGGCUCAGAUCAGCUCCCCAGAGCCCCGGUCCUUGUUCUGCGCUUUUCGUACAUUUGCCCUGACCGGCAGCUGCGUCGCUAUGCAGUGCUGGAGCCUGACGCCCAUGCAGCUGUCCAGGAGCUGCUUGCUGUUUUGACCCCAGCAGCCGCCACAGCCCAGCGUCAGCUUGGGGAAGCGAGGGACCUGCCGGGGGGCAGGCUCCAGUGUCUACGUUGUGGCUAUGAGUUGAAGCCAGAGGAGCCCAGGUUGGGACUGGACAGUGAGGAAGGCUGGAAGCCUCUGUUCCGAAAGACAGAAUAUCCUGCUGUUUGUCCGAACUGUGGUAGUGAUCACAUGGUUCUUCUGGAUGUGAGAGCCCCGACCAGCGAGCAGAGACAGGGAGAGCAGUUUCCAGCCCCCUUGCAGUCCCCCAGCACUGACCCUGACCCUCCCGGUGACAGCGACCACAGCAACGGGGCCAGUAAUGCCCUGUCUCGGGCGCCCGUGUCCCGUGACUGCCGAGGUGGGAGCCUUAGUCCCCCCCCUGAGUGCUGUGGCCUCCGCUCUGUGGACCACCGACUCCGGCUCUUUCUGGACGUUGAGGUGUUCACUGAUUCCCAGGAGGAGUUCCAGUUCUGCAUCAAGGUGCCGCUGGUGGUGUCAGGCCUCCCUGGGGAAUUUCUGUGUCUUGUGGUUGUGUCUGACCACAGGCUUUACAUGUUCAAGGUGACAGGGGAGACCAGUGGGCCUCCAGCUAGCUGGCUGCAGCCAAUGCUGGCCGUUCCCCUGCAUGAUCUGAGUGGCAUCGAGCUGGGCCUAGCAGGGCAGAGCCUGCGGCUGGAGUGGGCAGCCAGGGCAGGCAGCUGUGUCCUGCUGCCCCGAAAUGCCAGGCUUUGCCGGGCCUUCCUAGAGGAGCUCACUGAUGUCUUGCAGUCUCUGCCCCCAACCCGAAGGAGCAGUGUCAGCACCACGGAGGAGGAGGUGACCCCAAAGCACUGGCUCUGGCCGUUGCUGGAAAGAGACUUUUCCUCAGAGCCUCCCUGGUUCUUCUACCUCCGAGUGUUCCUGGUGGAAGGCCCCGCAGUGUGUCCUGUGUCCCUGCUGCUGACUCUGUCCACCCUGUACCUGUUAGAGGAAGACUCCGCAGGGCCCCAGGCAGAGCCCCUUCUUGCAGCAGCAUCUGGUGCAGCCUCUGAGAAGGCUCUGCCCUCGGGGCCGGGUGCCUCCGUGAGCGUCAGGGGGCAGCAGCCCCUCAGCAGCCUGAGCUCAGUGCUGCUCUACCGCCAGGCCCCGGAGGACCUGAAGCUGAUCUUCUACGACGAGGUGUCCCGGCUGGAGAGUUUUUGGGCACUCCGUGUCGUGUGUCAGGAGCAGCUGACGGCCCUGCUGGCCUCCAUCCGGGAGCCCUGGGAGGAGUUGUUUUCCAUUGGACUCCGGACUGUGACCCACGAGGCUCUAGACCUUGACCGGUGAGGCCUCCCAGGAGCCACGGCUGCAGAUGGUCUCUCAAACUCUGACCGAGGACUUCUCCAGCCUUCGGGCGCUGGCCUGGGAGGCCCCACAGGACUCAUGGCUCAAGGGAAGGCUGAGAGAAGUGGUCUGGCCUCUGGAUGAUCUGGCCCGAGGGGCAGGCCAAGGGGUCAGUAGGAAGGUUUCUUCUGUACUUUUUCUCAGGUAUCAAUAAAGUGGUUGCCAUUCCAGAUGUAAUGGGUAUACUUAGAAGUGUCACUCACGAGGCCUGCCAUUCCUCUGCCUCUUCUAACAGAAAGUGCCCUGCCCAUAGCUCUUCCUCCACCGGCAGCCCAGGCAGCCUUACAGGUACUGAGAUCCUGUCUCCAUCCCUGCUCUGCCCAGCGAUGGGACCAAGUAAGACUCCUGAACUGUGGAUACCAGGCCUCAGCCAGCCGCGCUUGUCAUGUGGCCUGGCAUGGAAACUACUGCCUAACAAAUAACUGGGCCAGUUCAGUUUUACUUGCUGGAAUUACAGUCGGGAACUAAUGGGUUCUCUGGCCUUUGGCAGUUGGGAGCUGAAUGUGAGAGGGUGUCCGGGCAGUGGAUGUGUGCAGGCGGCCUUUGGAGGGAGAGAUUGGCAGCUGCUGGCCUCUGCUCUCGCCUUUUUCUCUCAGCACUGCCUCCCUUAGCCUGGUGGCCUGGUUGGGUUGAUUGGGCUCCUGUACCUCCAUGGCCAUGGUGUUUGGUUCAGGAAUGCCCGUGUGACUGGGUUUGACGUACCAAGGCCCAGUUCUGGCCUUUGGCUGGAGAACCAAGAAAGAGGUGGGUUUCCACCAGGAGUGUUGCUGAGAGGAUAGGCCUGGGGCUGCUUGCCAUGAAAGGAGAGCUUUCCUGAAAGUGGAGCCAAGAGAGAGGAAGACAAGGAUGAGAAGGAGCGGGAAGGGCUGGUAUGGGGGUGUCUCUGCAGUCCCUGGGUCCAGCUGUGCCGGGAGGCAGAUACUCCUGCAGUGUUAGGUUAUGUGAGCUGCAGGAGACCCCUCCUUUUUUCUUCUCUCUCCCUCUUUGUCUUGAAUGUGUGGUGAGAUGUUAGGCGAGGUAUUAACUAAUACCUGGGUGGUUUUUUUUCACCCCUCUCAGUUGAACUGGAGAGAGCAAAGAUUCCACAUCUUUAGGUUUGAAGUGAAAGGGCUAAGCAGUAAGAGAUUUAAAAGGGACUAUAAAUAGAUAAAGAACUCUAUAGUGGGGAGAGGGGAGAAUUUUUAGAGAAAAGCUAGAAGCAGUAUAGGGACAAUUCCUCUUGACAUCGGGGAACUCUCAAGGUGGGGGUCCCUGUGCCGUGCUCCCUGGCUGGAACGAGAACAGUGACCUGUCUGAUGCUCCUCAUGCGACCAGGGCAGAUGGAGAUGACAGUUUGGAAGGACCUGACACCGGAGGGCUGGUGACGGUUGCCCAUUCUCUUGACUGAAGAAAGGCAGGGGUCCAGAGGAUCAUGUGGCCCCCAGUGGGGCACGGAAAUCUGCUGAGAGUGUGCUGGGAUCAUGGCAGGAGGGCCAGCGGGAGGAUGGGCUAGGCCCGACUCCCAAAUGGGGGUGUGACCAAAUUAGAUUUGAAUUGAUUGACUUUAAACCACUGAUGGGGAUGACUUCACUUGAAUGUUACCAGAUUAACUUUUCUGUUGCUUAGAAGUGGGGGCUUGUUACAAGGAUAAAGCUGUGUUACAGAGAAAA